UCCCAUGCGAACCGCUUCGAGUUUCGAUUUAGAACAAGGAUGCCAUGCCACAUUGAAGUGUCAUGUUCUACACUCGCAGCUACAUUGAAGUGAAUAAACGAAAGGAUGGAAGGAGCAGAAGUUCUGGAACUCUACGAAAUUCAAUACUCCGAUCUCAUGCUCCUAUCAUCAUCAUCAUCAUCAUCAUGUUUGCAUCAUCAAGUAAAUAUGAUAAUGGAAAACCUGGGCCCCGUUGGCCCCGGUCUCCUCUCAAUUACAAACGUUCCCGACGCAUCUCUUAUCCGACGAAGGCUGCUCCCUCUCGCUCGCAAGCUGGCUCUCCUUGGCCCCGAAGAUCGCAAACGUAUUCUCAGAGAGCACAGCUUGGGGAGUGAUGUCCCAUUGAAAAACCCAGAUAGGAACGUCUCCUCUUUCGCGAUGCAGCUCAAAUACGCUCAAGGUCUUGAAUCAAUUGAAACUAAACCAAGUCAUGGAGUAGGUAGCCAUUUGAAUUUGGAAAACGAAAAAAUCUGUAGAAUCAGUGAUUUUGAGGAUGAUGAAUUUGAUGACCUUGAGAAUAUGUUCAAGGCGCUAGGAUUAUGCAUGAUGGAGCUGGGACUCUGUCUAGCUCGAAUUUGUGAUAGGGCCAUUGGAGGCAAUGAGCUUGAGCAAAGCUUAUUGAAAUCAUGUGCAGCAAAAGGGCGCCUUAUACAUUAUCAUUCAAUAGUAGAUAGCCUUGUUCUUAGGGAAGCGGGUCGAAGGAAGGGAUCAAGUAAAAGACAUGCUAAUAAUUAUGCAAGGAGCGAGCAAAGAUUAUCAAAAGUUGCUAACUUGGACACAAAUGUUAAUGAAGUUAGGUCAUAUGAUACACAGCCCAACCUUUGGCAACAGUGGCAUUAUGACUAUGGUAUCUUCACUGUUCUGACUGAUCCCAUGUUUCUUCUAUCCUCACAACCAACAACAGCAAGCGAUGAAUUUUCCAUUUCUCGUUAUCAAGAAUGUGCUUCGCCUAGUGGGCAUUCAUACUUGCAGAUUUUUCAUCCUAACAAGAAUAAAGUCCUCAUGGUGAAGUCCUCUCCUGAAAGUCUUAUUGUUCAAGUUGGGGAAUCAGCAGAUGUAUUAUCCAAAGGAAAGCUACGGUCAACCCUUCACUGUGUUUGCAGACCAGCAAGGUUGGAUAAUAUAUGCAGAGAAACUUUUGUUGUGUUUUUGCAGCCAGCAUGGAGUAAAACUUUCUCAAUCUCAGAUUGUCCUAUGGAACAUUACAACGCAGUUUGUCAGCCUUUGGAGCAAGCUGAGGAGAGUAACGUUGCUGAUCAGGACCAAAAUGCACUGACUCAAGAAAUUCAAAAAAUGGUUCCACCACUUUCCGCACGAUUGAAGGAUGGGAUGACAUUUGCAGAAUUCUCACGUGAAACAACUAAGCAGUAUUAUGGUGGCAGUGGUUUACAAUCUAAUAAAUGAUUAGCUCGUUUGAUUUUUUUUUUUCGUAUAGGAAUAUAGGAUGUCCACGUUGGUAGGCCAGUCUUUCAUCAUAUAGAUGUCUUUGCAAGAGUUUUAAAUCUCAUACUUUUACUCA